AUGUCACAGUCGGCCCAUCCCCCUAAACGCCGGCGUGCAGUCUUAGCCUGCAAUUCCUGUCGUCACCGGAAAUCCCGAUGCGACGGAGGUCGACCGUGCACCCAGUGCAAGGAGCUCGAAUGUGAUUGCGUCUAUCAGGAUGUGGGCACAUCAUACAAUCUGACCGUGGAAAAAAGUUACUUGGCUCGACUCGAACACCGAAUCCUAGACAUUGAGGCAUCCAUCCGUCGACUGGAGCAGAACCAAGGUAGUAUUACGCCUUCAGCAACAGCUGAGGGACCUCCAGUGGUCAAUUUUGGGGUAGGGCAUGGAAUUGAAUCAUCUCCGGCCCCGAAGUCGGGCCUCCCACCCUCCUCUCACGCAAUUCAUGCUCCGGGGAGGGCCGAGUUUGGAGAGAUAGAUGCUUCAGAGAACUCAAUUGAUGGAAUGGGCGCUAUCAAUUUUGCAGAUGAAGAGGAUUGUGGAUUCUUUGGCCCGUCAUCCAACAUUGCAUUCAUGCGGCAUAUUUCUCGAGCCAUUGCAAGAGGAAACCCACAGGGUGGCCGGGUUCCAUCUAUAUCUUCCCCAUCACAAGCCGGUGGUGGGAUGUUAAACGUGUCAAGAUCUCGUCCCUCGCAAGAAGACCCCCGGGGUAGAAUGCAAAUGUCGAGUGAAAAUGGCAUCAACAUAUUCGCUUUGCCUUCUGAGGAACGUACUUGGAGUUUGAUUCAGGUGUAUUUUGAGAAAACUGGCCAGCUCUUACCAUUCAUCCACGAGUCAUCAUUCUGUGAGACUUAUUUUCGGAUGCGAGAGGAAAACUUCAGACGAGUGCGCCGAACAUGGCUCGGAUUGCUUAACAUUGUUCUGGCCAUUGCCACGAGUCUUCAUACAGAAGGUGACCUCCCUACCGGUAAAAGGAUCCAGGAGUCGGAUAUAUAUUUUCAGAGGGCGAAUGGGCUCUGUGAAAGAGAUUCCAAACGGAAUGCAAGUCUAGAGAUGGUACAGUAUCUAUUGGUCCAGGGUCAAUACCUUCAAGGCACCCAAAAAUCCGUGCAAGCGUGGACCACGCACGGCCUGGCUAUUUCGGCGGCUUUCCAACUUGGUUUACAUUCCCCGGAGGCCAACCGACGUUUUUCGCCCGUGGAAAGUGAGAUCCGCAAGCGAACCUGGUACGGUUGCAUCCUACUAGACAGAACGUUGAGCAUGACAUUUGGCCGACCUUGUACCAUUCCGGAAACAUACGUUAAGCUAGAGAUGCCUGUCAAAGAUAUGCAGGUUUUGACUAGCACACCAGAAUCUGAGUCAUAUCCUCAAUUGGAUGGCUGGUUCUUCACAGCAGCAAUAAAAUUAUAUGUUGUGAUGUUUAACGUCCUUGACAAUUGCUACGGUCAGAACUUGGGCUUUGAACACUCGUUGAGCCCAGCGAACGCGGUGCCUCAAAUCCUCGAGGGCGAGCGUCAGCUCGAGGAAUGGCGGUUUUCAAUUGUGCCCUCUCUCGGUAUCCGACUCUGGCAUGAACCUUUACUUGCCGAGGAUCUGGUGCAUCUGGACCCGGAAUCCACGAUUCGUCAUCGAUUCGGCAUUGUUCUCUCAGUUCGGUAUCAUAACCUACGCGUUCUCCUCUAUCGCAAGUUCUUAGAGUGUUUCUUGGAUGCAUACAGUGCAGAUGAUUCUGCUUCCCAAGAAAACAACCUCGUCCACCAGAUGGGCUUCACGGGCGUGCAAAACUGCAUCGAGUCUGCCAAGUCAAUAAUUUCGACCGUCCAUACCAUCACCUCAUCAGGUGGCUGGCAUCGAGGCCUCCUUGGAGCCUGGAAUUAUUCGCUUUAUUAUACUUUUAAUGCUGGUCUAGUCAUCUUUGGAGCUCUUCUUGUCUCAUCAAAAGAAAGUCAAUACAGUCCAGACCAAUGGCGCAUGAUUGAAAAUGCUCGACCAUACCUUGAUCUUGCUGCGGACGCUUUGCGUCAUCUAGAUUCAGGAAAUCUAGUGAUCGAGCGCUGUGUCGAGUAUUUGGCCCAGUUGUCCAUGAUCCUCAAAGCCACUGCUUCCGGCGAACAGAGUAACACUGCUCUUGUUGGUCCUCAAAUGCCGUUGCCUGUCCCGGAUAUACUUCCCACGCACGAUACGGACUACCCUAUAUGGUCUAAUGUAGACCUCGGUGAAUUUAUGAUGGAUAACGAUCUGGACCUACUAGGCCGCAUGUUCAAUUUCAAUCAGUCCAAUGGCACAGCAAUCUAA